CAUAGUCAACACUAUUGUAUCAAUUGCAUGUUCUUCAUAAAUAAUCAAAUCAAAUAUGGAACAAACACAACAAGAAAUUGGAAUCAAAAUCUACAAUACAACACCGCCACCACAAGAAGUCAUGGGGGCCGUAACGCAGCAGCCUUCUGAUCCACCGGAACAUGGCAAGAAGCGUCGUGCCAUAAUGGCGAAAGGCGUGCAAAAAACCCUUUCAAAAACUUCCUUACUUGGUAACUUCCUUCCAUCAGGAACACUCCUCACAUUCGAAAUGGUCCUUCCUUCGAUCUAUAGGAACGGCCAAUGUACUCACGUACACACCAUCAUGAUCCAUUUCCUUUUAAUUAUAUGUGCACUCUCUUGUUUCUUUUUUCACUUUACAGAUAGUUUUCACGGCGCUGAUGGUAAUGUUUACUAUGGUUUUGUUACCCCGAAAGGGUUAUCCGUUUUUAAACCAGGACUUGCUGUUUUGGUUCCUAACGACGACAAAUACAAGGUAGGGUUUCAAGAUUUUGUUCAUGCAGUUAUGUCAGUUAUGGUGUUUGUGGCGAUCGCUUUUUCGGAUUAUAGGGUGAGUAAUUGUUUGUUUCCUGGACAUGAAAGGGAAAUGGAUCAAGUUAUGGAGAGUUUUCCAUUGAUGGUUGGAAUUGUUUGUAGCGGUUUGUUUCUUAUUUUUCCAACUUCAAGGCGUGGAAUUGGAUGCAUGUCUGCCUAA